UCAUCCUCCCUCUUGCUGGCUCACUCAAAAAAGUGUAAACAGUUAGCCCCCUCCCCAAGGGGAGGGGUUUCCCUUUUCCUUCCCUCUUUUAUUUCUCUGCUCUGAGCUUUUGGCACGCAGUUAUGCUACAGGAGGCUUGGUUGAGGAGACUGGGGCUGCUGCUCUGGCUGUGUUCCUGGCUGGGGCCAGUGCAGGGGGGUCGUGUGUUGGUCAUGCCCGUAGAUGGCAGCCACUGGCUCAGCAUGAAAUUGCUUGUGGACGAGUUGGCGCAGCGUGGCCAUGAAAUCUUGCUCUUGGUACCAGAGACCAGCAUCUUAAUCAAGGGAUCCGAACUGUACCACACAGAGACCUUCAGCGUUCCCUACUCGCGCUCUGACUUGUCAGCCAGUGUGGAGUGGAUGAGGGAAGGUGUGUUCCGGCGUAACCCCCCACUGACAGAUAUAAUGAUCAAUGUGGAGCGUCUGAUGAACUUCACAAGCAUGCAGGUGAUAGGCUGUGAGGCGCUGCUUUACAACAAUACUCUGAUGGAGAAACUAAAGAAAGCGGAGUUUGAGCUUUUGUUGACUGACCCUUUCCUGCCCUGUGGUACCAUCAUUGCCACUGCUCUUUCACUACCCACCAUCUACUUUCUACGUGGGAUGCCCUGCGGCCUGGAUUUGCUUGCGGCCCAAUGCCCAUCACCACCAUCCUAUGUUCCCCGGUUUGCAUCUGGCAACACUGACCAAAUGGACUUCAUGCAACGUGUGAAGAACUUCAUAAUGACUGGCGUGGAGCUACAGCUCUGUCGGACAAUGUACAGCCGUUUCGAUGAACUCGCCUCACGUUAUCUGGAGAGGGACGUGACAUACCGUGAACUGAUUGGCUAUGGUGCUAUCUGGUUGCUCAGAUAUGAUUUUACUUUUGAGUUCCCUCGGCCUGUCAUGCCAAACAUGGCUUUCAUUGGGGGCAUCAACUGUGGGAAAAGUUCUGCCCUUACUAGGGAUGUGGAGGAGUUUGUGGAGGGAUCAGGAGAGCAUGGCAUUGUGGUAUUCACGCUGGGUUCGCUGGUGGCGUCCAUGCCUCCAGAGGAUGCCGCCGUCUUCUUUGAGGCUUUCGGCAAGAUACCUCAAAGGGUUCUGUGGAGAUACACUGGACCAGUCCCUGAUCAUGUGCCAGAGAAUGUGAAACUGAUGAAGUGGCUUCCACAGAAUGACCUCUUAGGUCAUCCUAAAGCCAGGGCUUUCAUAACCCAUGGGGGGACACACGGAAUUUAUGAAGGAAUUUGUCAUGGCGUUCCCAUGGUGAUGCUACCUCUCUUUGGUGACCAGAAUGAUAAUGUACAUCGAAUUUCAAUCCGAGGAGUUGGCAUAGCCCUCAGCAUCUUCGAUAUCACCUCUGAAAUACUAGUCAGUGCACUGGACAAAGUUAUCAACGACAGCAGUUAUAAGGAAAAUAUGGUGAAGCUUUCCAGAGUGCAUAAUGAUCGCCCCAUUGAACCGCUUGACCUUGCAGUCUAUUGGACAGAAUUCGUCAUGAGACACAAAGGAGCAGAACAUCUUAGGCCAGCUGCUCAUGAGCUUAACUGGCUCCAGUACCACAGUCUUGAUGUUAUUGGCUUCCUGCUGUGUGUUAUGGUGAUUGUUAUCAUAACAGUGCUCAAAUGCUGUUCAUUGUGUUUGCGGAAAUGCUGCAGGAAGUCACCAAAGAAAAAGGAAGACUGA